CCCGGUCCCGCGGCUCCAUUCACCGCUUUCCCUGCCGGCGGAGGAAACUCAUCAAGUUCUGUUAAAUCUGUUUACAUAUGUAAUAGCCAUAGUGACCAACGAGUGAAAAUUAAAACAAGCCAAAUCAAUAUCACUCUUUUGGGAAAAGUUUUUGAUAUGUUCCCUGACAGUAUUUUCUUACUCUCAUGCAACUCUGGACACGUUCUGACUGCUGACGCUAAUGGAGAGUUCAAUAAGAAUACUCUGGAGAGUGAAGAUGAGUGGUAUUGUCACGGCAAUGCCAUCAUUAAAGCUACGACAGAUGACAAAUUUAAAUAUCUAUACCAUCAAAACCCAAAUUUUCAUCGGGGAAAGCAAACACCAAAAGGAAGAUAUGCUCCAUUUUCGAGGAGUGGAGCUGGAGCUCAUCGAAAUAAGCCUCCUGGUGUCAUAGCUGCGGAACUUGAAUGGACAAAAACUAUUGAAAUAUUUCAUUAUAAUGAUAAAUGGGAGAAGACUGGCAACUUGCCUUUGAGGCUAAAUGAAGCAAAGGCUACUGUACCUUCAGUUUGUGGGAUAGCUAGUAAUGAAGCUUUUGGUGGCAAGGACUGUGUUAUUUUGGAUUUGGAUUUUUUGAAGAUACCUGACACUCAGUCAACUAGAGGAUCAUUAUUUUGGAGGACAGCUAAAAAAGUACGAGCUGUUCUACAAGAAGACUACCACAAAGGUUAUAAAAGUUCAGGGGCAUCUAAAGAACCUAGAGCCAAAGCAACUGUAGAAUCUCUUGAAGAGAGAUUAAGGAAAUUAGAAGAAUCCACAGCUCAUUCUGGUAAGGCUGCAGCUGAUCAAUCCGUAUUACUGCAAGCUGAAGUUGCUUCAUUGAAAAUAAAGUUAAGCAUGUUAAACGAUAUUGUAGACGAAGUAGCUUCAUCCUAUAAAUGUACCAUUUGCAUGAAGUAUCCAGUACAGCCACUUUACAAAGCACCCUGCUGUCAAGAAGUCCUUGGCUGUCAUUUAUGUGUAGAAGAGUGGUUGGUUAAUAACCCAACAUGUCCCCUCUGCCGUGCUACUCUCUCUCUUGAAAAUGUGAUUAAUAUUCCAAUAAUAAAGCCACUGGCUGAUGUACUAUCUAGGAUAAAGGGAAAUCAUUAAUGAUACCUACAUAGUACCUAUGGACUGCCUGGACUUGACUAAUUUUUUUU